ACCGCAUUGGAGAUCGCCUACACGAACCAAUAUACGGAGCACGUCGAGCUUAGCUGGGCACACAGCAACACAAUCUGUCUGCACUUCAGGUACUACCUCUCGAUCAUGUCACAAGAAAUUGAGCGGCCGCUCUCGCAGGGAUCGCUUGGCCCCCCCGUCGGGAUCUUGGGGCCUGCUACCCCCACCAAACGGACUAGCCUUUCCGCAACACCAGACUUGAGUAUGAAGGCUGGAAGCCAAACUUCGAAUGUCGAUCAGGGCAGAUUUCUCUCGCCCCCAGCUUUAUCCUCGUCGGACAUGACACCUCCGCCAUCGUCUCAAAUUCCGCAAGCUCCUCUGCGAGAGUCGAGGUCUCGAUCGAGCUCAUAUCUGGCAUCACCACCCAAUAUCGAGAAAACUCUCUGUGUAGCAUACGGUGCUUCGGAGAAUCUGCCAACUGCCGAUGAUAUUGAUAGUGCUGAUGAAACGAAGCUUCGCAUGAUCGUCAAAGAUCUACUGGGUGUGGCUCAAGAGUCCCGCAUGUCGGCGCUUCAUUUCAAGUUGCAAAACAGCCUGCUUUCAUUCACGAGCAACGAAGCGAUCAAGCGUGCAGAAGUCGAGCACCGACUUGCGCGAAGGGAGGUCGAGAUCCUUCAAAGUUCAGAGUAUCGCAGUCGCCAAUGCCAGCAUGAAAUCAAAUCAGUGCAGCCAGUCUCUAAUGUGGAGCUUGAGUUUUCCCUCAAGCGCAAUCAAGAACUCGAAAGGAUCAAUGCUACACUCGAUCGAAGGCUUCGCCGAGCAAAGAAGCUUAUCGAACAGGAGAGAGACACUUCUGAGCUUCUGAGAGAGGAAAAUAGAAUGCUGAAAGAGCGGAUUCGUGACAACCGAAGACACUUUUCUCGGAUGAUCGAGCAUGGCCCAAUGUCGCCGAGUCCCCAGUACGAGAGUCACACACCGCAUAGACGGGUACUGCCCCAGUUCGCCGAUCAUGGUAGUUAUCAGAUGAACGGAAAUGAAAGUCAUGCCCCCUUUGAAGCUCUCUUGGCAGCAGAUCGCGUCCUCAACCAAGAAUCGCCAGCUGUUACCUCGACACCGGACAGACAUCGCGAUCAUAGAGAAAAUGCAAGUUGUCAUGCGCGUGACGCUCAUUCUCUGUCAUCUUUGCCAAUAACCCCGUCCCAGCCUCGGUUAGCGCACCGCGAGAGUCGAGAUCAUACACCGGGGCUAGAAUUCCUUGAUGAUUGUCGUGAUCGAGACAGUACCAUUUCGGCGUCUGACAUUGAACCCGAGACCGAAGAAGUCCCCGCUUCGGAAACACGAACUGCUCCCAGUAACGUGCACCUUCGCAGUAAUUUCGGCAACCAUCCGCAGAGGCGUGGCGUAGCGAGUGCAGCAAAGUCGAGUACGUUGCUACAGACUAAACUGUUCGGUCAAGUGAGGAAGCCCGGCAUCGAUCGGCCCCUCAGUGGUAAUCUCAAACGCAAAGCAAGUUUUGACGGUGCGACCCUAAAGAAAUCAAAAGCGGAGGAAAGGGUGGGUCUCGGUAUUGGCACCUGGAACAAUUAGGCCAAGCGGUACCCGUGCACAAACGGCGUAGCGUCGCUGUUUCUGCCAGACAAUUACCAGAGCUGCUAUGCUGUCGCCAUGGAGAUGAGAGAC